AGAAGACGUUCAAUGGUGAUGAUUUCAUGAAACCAUUCCAAGGACGCUCGCUUGUCUCUGGUUUCCGAAAACAGUCCUCCCUCGUAUCUGAACUCCUCCAUUUAUGUAGAUCAACUUCAUUGUUGGAAGCUUUUAAACUCCUUAAUAUUAUCGAGUCGACACAGAUAAUAAGCUCAGAUGUAAAGCCCCUUGUUUAUGCGUCUCUGCUGCAAACAGCUACUAAAGUCAAGAGCUUCAAUCAUGGGUUACAACUUCAUUCUUUUAUCACCAAAUCUGGUCUUAUUGCUAAUAGUCUUGUGGGUAAUAGUUUAUUGUCCUUUUAUUUCAAGCUAGGAGGAGAUUUAAUUUUUUCCACAAAACUGUUUGAUGAAUUGGCUAUGAAAGAUGUGAUUUCUUGGACUUCGAUGAUUUCAGCAUUUGUAAGGGUUAAACCUGAAUUAGCCCUUCAAUAUUUUUCAACUAUGUUGGAUGCUGGUAUUGAAGCUAAUGCCUUUACUUUAUCUACUGGAAUUAAGGCCUGUUCAGAACUUGGGGAUGUAAAGCUUGGUAAAAGCUUUCAUGGGGUUGUUUUCAGAUGUGGUUUUGAAUUUAAUCGAGUGAUUGCUAGUGCAUUAAUGGAUUUGUAUGGGAGGAACAACAAGUUCAAGUAUGCCCUCUAUGUGUUCGAUAAAUUGUCUGAACGAGAUUCUGUUUGUUGGUCUUCAAUUGUUUCUGCUUUGACAAAAAAUGACUUGUAUGAAGAAGCUUUAGCAUACUUUUACCUCAUGCAGAGGGAGUUUAAGCUAGUACCAGAUGAAUUUACAUAUGGGUCAGUUUUGACUGCUUGUGGAAAUUUGGGGAGACUAAAACAAGGAAAACAAGUUCAUGCCAGAAUUUUCACAACCGGGCUUUCUGGAUAUGUGGUUGCAGAGAGUAGCCUGGUAGAUAUGUACGGAAAAUGUGGGCAAGUUGAAGACUCACAAUGUGUCUUUGAUAGGAUGAGGGAAAGGAAUGAUGUAUCCUGGUGUGCCUUGUUAAAUGGCUACUGUCAGAAUGGAUUGUUUGAUUGUGUUAUUAAGCUUUUCAGGAUGAUAAAAAGUCCUCAUCUUUAUAGUUUUGGAACUAUUAUACGUGCGUGUGCAGGUUUGGGUGCUGUAAGACAUGGAAAAGAGGUUCAUUGUAAAUAUAUAAGGAAGGGUGGGAGAGGACAUGUCAUAGUUGAAUCUGCUUUAGUUGAUCUCUAUGCAAAAUGUGGAUUGAUUGAUUAUGCACACAUAUUGUUUAUACAGAUGCCUGUCCGAAAUUUGAUAUCUUGGAACUCAAUGAUAUGCGGCUUUGCGCAAAAUGGCCGGGGUCUUGAAGCAAUUGAUUUGUUUGGUAAGAUGCUGAAAGAGGGUGUUCAGCCUGAUUUCAUUAGUUUUCUUGGUGUCAUUUUUGCUUGUAGUCAUGCAGGUUUGGUUGAUCAGGGACGAGAGUACUUUAUCUCCAUGGUUCAGGAAUAUGGAAUUAAACCCGGAAUUGAGCAUUAUAAUUGCAUCGUGGAUCUUUUAGGCCGAGCUGGGUUGAUAGAGGAAGCGGAAAUUUUGAUAGAGAACUCGGUGUUUAAAGACUCGUAUUCUCUCUGGCCUGCUCUUUUAGGUGCUUUGACAACCCGUAGGAAUUCAAGUGCGGUUGAGCGUAUUGCACUAAAAAUGAUGGAACGCGAACCCAAAAACCAUCUAAGUUAUGUGCACCUUAUUAAUGUUUACAAAAGUGAUGGUCGUUGGAACGAUGCGAUGAGAAUAAGGAAGUUGAUGGAAGAUAUAGGAGCUGAGAAGUUGCCUGGCAAGAGUUGCGUUGAAAAUGCAUUUGGAUUAGUUCGGGAAAAUAGGAAUAUAGUGAGGUGAAAAGAAUAUAAAUAGGUUUAAGUUCAAGACUCCAACAAGAGUAAAACAUGUCAUUAUGAUAAGUUGAAAGGGCACAUUAAGAAAAAUUGUUGGAAUUGAAAGAAGAUAAAUAAAGAGAAUGGGUUUAAAGAUUCUACUUCCGGUGAAGCAAGCUAGGUUAAUGAUAGUGACGAUAUAGCGCUUUGGUGGUAAUAAAUGUGGUGAAGAGUGGAUUCUUGAUUCACAUUGUUUUUUACACUUGAUACCUAAUACAUAUUUUUUUUCUACCUAUGAGAAGGUGGAUGAUGGAAAUGUAACCUUGGGUAAUGAUGAUACUUGCAAGGUUAUUUGUAUUGGUAAUGUUCAUAUCAAUAUGCAUGAUGGUAUUGUUAGGACUUUAUGUAUUGUGAGACAUAUUCCAGGAUUGUUGAAAAAGAACCUCACAUCUUUAGGCAUAUUGGAUGCUAAUGGGUGCAAAUUUAAUUGUAAAGGUAGGGUCAUAAAGAUCUUAAAGGCUUGCUGAUUUUGAUGAGAUGUGUCAUGGUUGGUAGAUAAAUGUGUUACAAGGUUCUAUGAUAACGGAUUGAUAAAUGUUUCCACCUCUACAACGACAGAUGAUGAUACUAAACUUUGCCAUUUGAGUCUUGGUCGUAUGAGUGAGCAUGAGAUGAACGAGUUGCGUAAACAAGGAGCGUUUGGUGGGAAAAGGCUUGGUACAUUCUCCUUUUGUGAAAUUGUGUCUGUGGGAUGCACAAGAGACUGAGCUUCAAACUCGGUGUGCUUAACACCAGGGGCAUUCUAGAUUACAUUCUUUCCUUGAGGUCCAUUUAGAAAGACUUUUUCGAGUAAAUGCAACUAUCUACUCUCAUUUAUUGAUAGACUUUUCUAGCUAGGAAGAUUUAGUGUUACUUCAUCAAGGCAUUGAGGACUGACAAUGGACAUGCGUUUUUUGAGAAGGAGUUUCUUAAAUUGUGCUCUAAAGAAGGAAUUGUAAGACAUCGCACUAGGAAGGCCUCAACAAAAUGGUGCGCCUGAGAGAAUGAAGAUGUUAUUAGAGAAAGCUAGAUAGAUGUUGAGUCUAGUAAAGCCUGGUAAGGAGGAUUUGGCGGAAGCGGUAUCUACGACAUGCUACUGGAUUAACUGCUCACCUACAAUCCUUGACUAUAAGUAUCAUUAAGAGGUUUAACAUAUGAUGCUUGUGAGGAGGUGGAGUCUCCAAGAGCUUCGAAAGCUCCUAGGGUUGAGAAUGAUACAUAUUAACCAAUGGAAUUAUUAUCUCUCCAAAAGGCAAGUGAAGCCUACAAAUAGGUACUAUUUUGUCUAGCUAGUUGAUUCUAGGUUAGUAGGGAUGAAACCAUGUUGAUAAUGGGGUUGAUUUAUUCAGGUUGAAAUUUAAACUAGCAUAUGCAUGAUAACUAAUUGAAUAUUGAUCUAUGAUUGUAUAUGAUAGAUCUUCGAUCACUCAAGUCUCUAGGUUAUUAUCUUUUAUUAAUUGUUAGAUAUUAGUUCUUCUAACCCUUUCUUUCCUUACAAUUUAUGGCCAACUUAGUUAAUGUAUCUAAAUUUAAUCUCAAAAAGACACCUAUUGUCUGUAUUUCAUUAAAUUACAAAAUGAUCAAGGUGAAUCACAUCACUUAAAAAUCUAACUAAUUAUAGCCCAUCAUGUCACUCGAGUAAAGGUUUCAGUUCCAAUUAAGAAUAUAUUCCAAAAAAUAAGAAGAUAACGCAAAAUUGAACAUAUUACUCAAUUCGUUCCUUAAAGAAGUUCCCAUUUUUUAUGUUUGGGUACUU